CCUCAGAAUUUAAAAAAAAAAAAAAAAAAAAAAAGCCCACCUCAAGGAGACUUCCAGAGCAAAUGCUAGCAAUUUACAGAAUGUUUUUAAGAGAGAGAGACAUGAAUUUUGAAGAAGUUAAUCGCUAGAGACAUGAAUUUUGAAGAAGUUAAUCGCUGGGUAGAGACUAAAGAUGGGGGCAGGAGAAAGAGAACUGGUCUGUGGUUUUCUGCCAUCCGGAUCAGACCUGACACACAGAAGGUCUCGUACAGAGAGAAGCCGUGAUCAGACGUCCUUCAUCCUUGGGCUUCCUGCUCUCGGGACCAUGAGCGGCAGACUCAGCACAGUCUUGCCAGGAGCCUUGGUGCUACUGUGGACAUUGAACACGACAGCACAGAGCAAAGACUGUCCGGUGUGGUGUCCUCAGAACUCCCACUGUGUCAACACCUCCUGUCGCUGCCUGCCAGGCUUCCAGUCCUUUUCUGGGCAGAUUGACCUCAAUUUACCUAAUGACGGCUGUGACGACAUCAACGAGUGUGGACCCUCCCAGCCAGACUUGUGUGGGGCAAAUGCAGACUGUGAGAACACGGACGGGGGCUUCCAGUGUGUAUGCAUCCCCGGGUUCGAGCUGGAAUCUGGGGGGACGACGUUCAGGAACAAGAGCAAGAACACCUGUCAAGAUGUGGAGGAAUGCAAGAAGAACCCCGGAAUCUGUAAGAACCGCAGGAUCUGUGUCAGCACCCACGGGAGCUAUGUCUGCAGGUGUCAGCCUGGCUUUGAACCUGAACCCGGGGACCCGAAGAGCUGUAAAGAUGUGGAUGAAUGUAAAUCUGGGCGCCGCCCCUGCCACCCCUCCACCCACUGCCUCAACAAAGUGGGGGGGUUUGAGUGCCGCUGCCGCCCCGGCUGGAAGCCGGCACCUGAGUCCCCCGAAGGCCCCAACACCACCGUGUGCGAAGACCUGGACGAGUGCAGCUCAGGGCGGCACCAGUGUGACAACUCCACCAUCUGUGUCAAUGCUCAGGGCUCCUACCGCUGCACCUGCCGUCCGGGCUGGACCCUCAAACCCGGGUUCCAGAACAACCCAACUGACACCGUCUGUGAAGAGGUCACCUUCCCAGCCUGGGCCCCGCCCCCUGGGAUCAAGAGCCAGAGUCUCUCCAAAUUCUUUGAAAAAUUCCAGAAUCUGAGCAGAAAAUUCACCGCCUCAGAGGCCCGGGGCACCAUCCGGACCCUCAUACAGGAUGUGGACGAGCUGCUGGGGGCCCCCGGGGACCUGGAGACCCUGCCCCGCUCAGAGCAGCGCUGUGUGGCCGCUCACCUGCUGGGGGGGCUGGAGGAUGUCCUGAGGGGGCUGAGCAGGGCCCUGCCCGGUGGGCCGUUGACCUUGGGCUCACCCGCAGGCACAGAGCUGUCCCUGGAGGUGCAGAAGAAGACAGACAGAAAUGUCACCUUGAGGCAGAAUCGGACUCAGAUGCUGCUGAACUGGGACGCAGUGUCCACACCCGAUGGCUCAGGAGCGUCUGUGGUGGGCUUCAUCUCCACUCCGGGGGUAGCAACGUUGCUGGGCGAGGCUCCGCUGUCUCCAGACGCCAAGAAGUUGAUGGGUCUCCAGGGGCUGCAGAAAGUCCCCGCCAUGCUCAUCUCUGAGGUGGUCUCUGCCUUUACGAGUAGCAAGGACACUCAGAACCUCAGCUCCCCUGUCACCUUCAUCUUCCAGAAUUCACUGACCACGAGGCCAAGGCAGAAGGUUCUCUGUGUCUUCUGGGAGCGGGGCCAGGAUGACUGUGGGCACUGGGCCACCAGGGGCUGCGUGACGCUGACGGCCACUGACAGCGGCAGUACCACCUGCCAGUGUUCCCACCUCAGCAGCUUUGCCGUGCUCCUGGCUCAUGACCACACGCAGGAGGAGGACUCCCUGCUGACCAUCAUCACCUACAUGGGGCUGGGUCUCUCUCUGCUCUGCCUCCUCCUGGCCGCCCUCACCUUCCUGCUGUGCAAAGCCAUCCAGAACACCAGCACCUCCAUCCACCUGCAGCUCUCGCUCUGCCUCUUCCUGGCCCACCUGCUCUUCCUCACGGCCAUAGACAGAACCGAGAUCCGGGUGCUGUGUGCCAUCAUCGCGGGGGCCUUACACUACCUCUACCUGGCCGCCUUCACCUGGAUGCUUCUGGAAGGCCUGAAUCUCUUCCUCACGGCCCGGAACCUGAUGGUGGUCAACUACUCCAGUGUGAACAGGGCCAUGAAGAAGUUCAUGUUCCCCGUGGGCUAUGGGGUCCCUGCUGUGAUCGUGGGGGUGUCUGCAGCCUCCAGGCCUCACCUGUAUGGGACAACUACCAGGUGCUGGCUGUACACACGCAAAGGGUUUCAAUGGACCUUUUUUGGCCCUGUCGUCGCCAUCUGCUCAAUUAACUUGGCUUUCUUCCUGAUGGUCCUCUGGAUUGUGCGAAGCAAGCUCUCCUCCCUCAACAGUGAUGUGUCCACCAUCCAGAACACGAGGAUGCUGACUUUCAAGGCCACGGCCCAGCUCUUCAUCCUGGGCUGCACCUGGUGUCUGGGCCUCCUUCAAGUGGGUCCCGCUGCCAAGCUCCUGGCCUAUCUCUUCACCAUCGUCAACACCCUGCAGGGUGUCUUCAUCUUCCUGGUCUACUGCCUCCUCAGCCAGCAGGUCCGAGAGCAAUACAGGAAAUGGCUCCCAAGAAUUAGGAGGAGCAAAGUUGAGUCUGAGAAGUACACCCUCUCCAGCAGGGCCGUGUCUGAUGACCCCAAACCCAACACGUCUGGUGAUGCCAAGCACUGGCUCAAGAACUGAGAAGGAACUUGAAUGGAUUCUGAAGCAGGGAUGCCUGGAGUCUCACCACCCACCUCCUGUCGAGAUGAUUACAAAACGCCCUCUCCUUGAUGCAAAGUUAUUCUCUCAAAACAAAACAGAAGUCAUAAUUUCACAUUCCACCGAUAAACUCUUGUUACC